AUGGAUUUAUGUGCAGUGAUGAUUGUCAACUUUGUGAUAUUUAUAACAAGUUGGCAUGACACAGUGGGUUUUUUUGAGUACACUAGACCAGCCUGGGAGGAGAGAGCCAGGCCAGAGGUUGGAGAUAUUGACUACAAGGCAUUUGGUGCUACAUUGGCAGCCAGGCCUACCAUCACCAACAAUUCUUCCACAGAUAUUACAACAGAUGGUGUGACACUGCCCAGUAUUGACCGCACCUAUAAGAUGUACUAUGGUGGUGCCCAGAAGCGCCCUGAUGCUCCCUAUGCCAGGCCAGUAAUGGGUCCUAAUGGUAAAGUGCUGGCUCAUGUGGGUGAGGGGAACAGGAAAGACAUCAGGAAUGCAGUGGAAGUGGCACAUAAAGCAGCACCAGGAUGGGGCAAGCGAGCAGCACACAACCGGGCCCAGAUAGUCUACUACAUGGCGGAAAACUUGGAGCUACGUCGCCAGGAGGUGGCACAGAGGAUCUGCAGUAUGACAGGUCAGAAACUGGAGGCGGGGCUGCAGGAGGUGGACCUGGCCAUACAGAGGCUUUUCCACUGGGGCGCCUAUUGUGACAAGUAUGGAGGCACUGUGCAGGAAACCACCCUGUAUGGUUGCACAGUAAAGAUUCAUGAACCAGUGGGUGUCAUUGGCAUAGCUUGCCCUGAUGAGUAUCCUCUGCUGGGUUUUGUGUCCUUGUUUGCUCCAGCAGUUAUCCGUGGAAAUUGCAUUGUUAUUUUGCCAAGCGAGAAGUAUCCCCUGUCAGCCCUGGACUUGUAUCAGGUGUUUGAUACAUCUGACCUGCCAGGUGGGGUAGUUAAUAUCAUCACUGGAGACCGCGAUCAUCUCACCAAGUACCUCACUGAGCACCAAGACAUCCAGUCGGUGUGGUAUUUUGGCUCGGCUGAGGGGUCGAAGUUUGUGGAAUACACGUCUGCGGUCAAUGUCAAGCGCACCUGGGUCAACUAUGGGCUGUCCAGAAACUGGGCUGACCGGGAACAAGGUCAAGGUGAAGAGUUCCUGUACCAUGCAAUCCAGUGCAAGAAUAUCUGGAUUCCCAUGGGAGACAUCUUUGCUAAUUAGAAUGUUUUAUAUUUCAAAGAAACUAAAUUAAAGGUGUCCUGUCUGGGAUUUUCCCCACCAAAAAUUAUUUUCCAUGAAAAGAUAAGCAAUUUUCUCCCACUCACGAAUCAUUGUGCAGCCCUUCCCUUCACUUGGAUUUGGUGUUUUAUAUCAUUUCAAAUUAAAUGAUUUAGUUUCAAACGACUGGCCAGUCAUUUAGACCACCAUGUCUUCCUGUACAUUUCAGGAGGAAAUAUUGACAUCAGGUACUUAAAUUUGAGGGGUUUAUCAUUUUUAAGGUCUGAAUCAGGAAAAAAAUCUGUAGCUUCUCAGGAUAUGUUAAUGUACAGAAAAUACCUUUAAGUAAAAAAGAGCAACUUGUAUUGCAAGUAAGGAAUGAGAGAAUUUUUUUCAAAUUUAUUAAUUUUUUAAUGAGAAGGUCUGAAAUUAGGAGAGGAGAUCAUAUAAUUGUAAUUUUAACUAAUUUUUAAAGAGCUAUCGAUAGUUUUUCAAACUAUGUAAAGAAAAAGAAAAACAUUUCUCUUAGACCGUAGACAAACUUGUGAGGCAAAAAGGGAGAAAAAUUAAAAGCACCGAAAAGAUUUUAUAUUUGCCUUGUCAAUGCACAAGACCUAGUCCAAAUCUUUGUGUUGCUGUAGAUAUGCUGGCACAUGUGCAACUUUCCCUGCACAAGUGUGUGAAUGGAUGAACUUAGUUUGAAAUAAUGGUCAACAACCAUCAAAGCUUGGACCUUAGGACUUACAAAAACCUUUCACGGUUAUUCUGAUUCUUCUAUUUCUGCAUGUCUUCACUUCAAGCUGUGCUUCCAGGCUGGCUUGGCUCAAAUUUCUGCAGCCUGGAAAAUCCAUUUAACCUUUUGUCACAUAUUAGUGGUUUGUUUUGUGGCAGAAAUAAUAUCAUCUCACCUAGAAUUAUGUUAGAAAUAUCCACAAGGGAAUUCAGCAAGUGGUCUUUAUUCAAGCCUGGUUUGUAAAGGUUAACCUUUUGGCAAAAAGUGAAGUAAUGGAUUUAUCUGCAGUGAUGAUUGGCAACUUUGUGAUAUUUAUAACAAGUUGGCAUGACACAGUGGUACACCUUGAUGCCUCAUUAUCUGGUCUUGUCUUCUUUAUACGAAGCUCUUUUCCGCCAAACAUUGAUUUUUUUUGACAAACGUCACCUACUGAUAGGAACAGAUAGAGUUAUUUUUCAUGUGUGUUAGCAUUUUAUUUAACUUUCAUUAGCAGUAUUAACUGAUUGUGCAUUAUUAUUAUUAUUAUCAUUAUUAUUAUUAUUAUUAUUAUUAUGUAAUAUUUUCUUCAAUACUAUGAAAGAGCUUUUACAUGGUCUCUUAUUAGGAUGAUAAAAUAGAAUUAUUUUUUACUAAGAGAUUAAAUAACAUCAGUCAAAUGUUUUGGUCUACCACCUAUGGACUCUGGUCCGUAAUGCUUAUUUCAGCAAAAUAAAAACAAAAACAGGCAAGAUGAUCAACAAGAACCCAAGUCCGCAAAAAUAAAGUGUUAUACAAUAAGCCAGUUACCUUGCAUGACUACAGUUGUUUUUCACAGAAGUUCCAAAAGGUCAUAUAUAUAUAUAUAUAUAUAUAUAUAUAUAUAUAUA